UACAGUUUAGAUCAGGACGAGGAGGAGCGACACGCACUCAAGAAGCAGCACAAGUGAAGCAGGUUGGAUUCAACACAGAAAGGAAAACCUGCAUGCUUCUUUCUAUUUGUUAAUACUCUUCCUGCAGGUCUGUAAAGUGCAGCAGGCUGUGCGCUCUGCGAUGCUUGCUGCUGUCAGUACAGUAGUAGUGAUGGGAAGAGGAGAGGCAGACGAAGCCUCGCUGCUUUACUGUGUCUCUGCGGACAGUUAAUUACUACCUGAAGACAAUUAAGCAGCAGCAGUUGAGGAGUGAAGACAAGAAGUGUUUUUGGAGUGAACUUUAAAGAGUUGGAGCAGCUGGUGGAUGUUGUGCCAUGGAGAUAAAGACGAGACUUCGAGCCACGUUGAUGUUAAUAUGGAUCUUUCAAGGUGACACCAAGGAGGUGGAGAUCCCCAGAGGAGAGAUGGAGGUGGUCAAGGGCCAGAUGGUGGUGUUACACGCCUGGUACAGCCCCAACUCAGACAUCUCCAAAAACUCUGUUGUUUGGCUCUUCACGGGAAAACAAUCCAAGCAGGUGAUAAAUUUUAGCGCGGGUGAGGUCGGCCGCGGCCAGAACGAGUUCGCCAAACGAGUGGGCUUCAGCGCGUCCAUGCCCUCAGCCAACCUCUCCAUCUACAUCAACAACACCCAGGAGUCCGACUCGGGGCAGUACUUGUGCUCCGUCAUCAUCCCUGGAAGUGCUGGCAUUUUCGGACAGAUGCACCUUAAUGUCAAAGUCCCGCCGUCUCCCCCAGUGUGCUCCAUGACGGGGAACCCAGUGGUGAAGGGCAACGUGACUCUGAGCUGUAAGUCCAGUCAUGGAAAACCCGUCCCCCAGUACAAAUGGACCAAGGCUGCACCAAUGUCAGAGGUCUUCUUCGCCCCGAUGCAGAAUGAGAGACACGGCACCCUCAGGCUGACCAACCUCACUAAAAGCAUGUCGGGGAAGUACAUCUGCCGAGCCAGCAACACCGCCGGCUCCGACAGCUGCUCCAUUAACCUGGAGGUUAUCACCUCUUCCAAUGCAGGCAUGAUUGCAGCGGCUACUCUGGGGUCGAUAGUGGGACUGGUGGCCAUGGCGCUCUUCCUCAUAUUCAUACUGAGGAGGAGGAGGGACACUGAGGAGGAGAUGGCCAACGAGAUCAAGGAGGAUGCUCAGGCACCAAAGCGAGUGUCGUGGGCAAAGAGCAACACCGGCUCAGACAUCAUAUCCAAGAACGGCACGCUGUCCUCCAUAGCCACCAGCCCGCGACCCAGAGACCCCCACCAGCCCAACUACCACUACCCAUACUCGCCCACGUCAGCUUCAGACGCCGGCUCGGUGAUCAACGCCUACCAGCUGCGGCCCGGAGAAGCCAACACGCUACAGGGGCUCCCCGGCUACAACAUCGGAGGCACCCCGUCGCGCAAACACAAGCGACCCCCCAGCACAAACGGGGGCCCUCCGCAGCUUCUAAGGAGCCCCGUGGUGGCCCUGCCCAACAGGACUGAGGGGGCUCAGCCUCAGGUGCCGCCUCCACUCACUGUGCCCCCACAGAUCAGCUCCUCCACCCUGACGCGCAUGGGAGCCGUAGCUGUCAUGGUGCCUGCUCAGAGCCAAGCCGGCUCGCUGGUGUAGGCCGGCAGGAGGACGGCGGUUACGGAGGGAGAGAAAGUAUGCCUUGAAAUGGAAAAGCACUUUCUCCACGAAGACCCGGAAGGUUGCGAGAGAAGAAGACGUCUCGCAGGUCCCUUCGGUUUGUUCAUUUCAGUUUCUUUUUGUAAGAAAUAUAUUUUUAUUUACACUCUUAUAAAGAGAUCAGAAUGAUCCAGUAGCGUUAUAAUUUGUCGGCAGUAUACAUAAAACUGAUUUCAGAGAGAGUUGUUGUUAACUUAAUACAGUGUGUCUGGAUACUGUAAACCAUAACAGUUCUUAGAGUUUUGCAGUUCUUGCAAAAUAUAAUGUUUUUGGCUACAUUUGUAUAAUAACUAAAUAUAUACAAAUUUGUAUGAUUUCAUUUGUAUGGCGGUGCAAGGAUCACUUUUCAGUCACUUCUCUCAGGCUAACUGCACUAGUUCAAAAUCACAAUUCAGGUAUUUAAACUUUAUCUUUGACCCACAUUCACGUAAGGGUUGUUUUAUUUAACCUACUGUAACAAUAUCAGUGCGGUUCCUACGACACUGAGAGAACAUUUAUGAGUCUGUUGCCUGUUAAUGGUAGUUGGAAUGUAGCCAGAAGUAGUGAGUUUAACAUGUUGAAGUUAUGGUUUCUUACUAUUUUGUUCAAAGGUGCUUGGUAUAACUUUGAUAUAAUACUAAACAUACGAGGCCAUUAUUCGAUGAGAUAAUAUUAGACCAACCUUUCUGCUAAUGGUUGUCUUUGUUUUCUUGUAAGUAAACUAAACUCUGGAAAUGUGGCGGUGAGUUAUUGAUGCUGAACGGCUAAAUGUAGCACUUUUAAUGCAGGUUUUGAUUGUUGAUCAUUUUUUCAAUAAAGUGUUCUGGAGUGUU